UAUAGUUAGCGUUCGGCGUGUAAACAUCCGAUAAUUUCACGUACUCUUUUUUUUUUUUUUUGCUCCACUACCUACGUGAUAUGUACGUUGUUUGGCCCUUAAUCUGUUUUCCGUAUUUUUAAUUUUUUUUCGCCGCACCAGUGUCCGUGCCCCUGGGUCCCGUGUUCGCGAGAUCCCGAUCGUCGACAAUCAGCCCGCGUCGUCCCAACUGCUGAAUCGAUCGGUCAACACAGCAUCAUUCGCACUAGUCGCCGUGCGAUACUUUUGCCAUAGUCGACCACACAGCCGUACGACCGUAAUGACAUGUUGCAACUGAGCUGAAACUGUCGGCCGCCGAAAGGUACAGACGUUCUACCGGAGCCCGUUUAGAUUUUAUGGGUGUGUGCGAAAAAACCGGUCUAGAAUAGUGCGAUCGCUCAACCACCUUUGUACCAAAUGUCCAAAAUGUACGAUUCCAACAGCGAUUUGGAUCGGCAGAUUGAACAGCUGAAACGGUGCGAAAUCAUCCAGGAGUACGAAGUGAAGGCCCUGUGCGCCAAGGCACGUGAAAUACUCAUCGAAGAGAGUAAUGUGCAACGUGUUGACUCUCCUGUCACGGUAUGUGGAGAUAUUCAUGGCCAGUUCUAUGACCUAAAAGAAUUGUUUAAAGUCGGUGGCGAUGUUCCUGAAAGAAAUUAUCUAUUUAUGGGUGAUUUUGUUGACCGAGGAUUCUUCAGUGUUGAAACAUUUUUACUGCUACUUGCUUUAAAAGUAAGAUAUCCUGAUCGAAUAACUUUAAUACGAGGUAAUCAUGAAUCACGACAAAUUACUCAAGUUUAUGGUUUUUAUGAUGAGUGCUUACGAAAAUAUAAUAGUGUUGCUGUAUGGCGUUAUUGUACUGAAAUAUUUGAUUACCUGAGCUUAUCUGCUAUUAUUGAUGGAAAAAUUUUCUGUGUGCAUGGUGGUUUGUCUCCUUCUAUUCAAACAUUGGAUCAAAUUAGAACUAUUGAUAGAAAACAGGAAGUUCCUCAUGAUGGACCUAUGUGUGAUUUAUUAUGGUCUGAUCCUGAAAACACUCAGGGUUGGGGUGUAAGUCCACGAGGUGCUGGAUACCUAUUUGGUUCAGAUGUUGUUUCCCAAUUUAAUACUACAAAUGAUAUAGAUAUUAUUUGUCGAGCUCAUCAGCUAGUCAUGGAAGGAUAUAAAUGGCAUUUUGAUGAAACUGUGCUUACUGUUUGGUCUGCACCCAAUUAUUGUUAUCGAUGUGGUAAUGUUGCGGCAAUAUUGGAACUGAGCGAAACACUCCAAAGAGAUUUCACAAUUUUUGAAGCAGCUCCACAAGAAAACCGUGGAAUGCCUACUAAAAAACAUGCAGCUGAUUAUUUCCUUUAAUAAAAUUCUGUGGUUCUUAAUGUAUUAAUUUUAGUUCACAAAGCCUUACAGAAGAAAUGAAUGUUUCACACAUUUGUUGCAUUCAUUGUAUUUGAAAGAAUACUGACAAUAUAUUUAUGUAAUUUUUUUAAAAGUAAAAA